GUGGUGUUUGUUAUGAAGUACAUUCACCCACCAAGUUCACGACCCAGGGUCAAAUCAGGAUGUUAAAGCUCACAGAGUCCAUUAUUAUGUCGCGAAACAUUUGCCAAAUUGUGUCGAAGCAAGCUCGAACCUUUACCACAUUUAACUCUCUUCGAGCGAAUCAUACCACUGAAACUUUUUCUAGUGAAGAAAUAAGCAUUGGCGUGCCGUGGGGAAAGAUUGCAAUCAAAACGUGGGGACAAGGCUCCAAACCCAUGAUUGGAUUGCAUGGUUGGUUGGAUAACGCUGCCACAUUUGAUCGUUUGGUGGAUUAUCUCCCCUUAAAUGAGUUCAAACUGUAUUCCGUGGACUUUCCGGGCCAUGGAUGGUCUGAUCCAAUUCCCAAGGGAAUGAACUAUUCCGCUACCGAUGCUUUGAUAGUCAUUAAACGCUUGCAAAAUGAGUUCGGUUGGUCAAAAUUUGAUAUAUUGGGACACUCAUUUGGCGCCGGAAUGGCUGGUUGGUUUGCCUCAGUGUUCCCGGAUUGUGUGGAACGUCUCAUCAUGAUUGAUAUGACCGCUUUUGGUCCACAAGCUUUGAAGAAGCAAUCUCGAUCCACACGGAAAAGUGUGGAACAAUCGUUAAAGAUUCACGAAACCUUGUCAAAUCCAAAUCUAACCCCACCCACUUAUGAAUGGGCGGAUGCCGUCGGACGAGCUCAUAUUGCGAAUCAACUUAUGCAUGGAACCGAUUCCAUCUUCCGGGAAUCUGUGGAGGUCCUCAUGAAAAGAGGUUUGAGAGAGGUUGAACCUGGCAAAUUUACGUGGAACUCUGAUCUGAGACUGAGGAUUCCUUCCCCGGUUCACCUUGUAAUUGAUCAGGUGGAACAAAUGGCGACGAAUAUCGAUUGUCCCCAUUUACUGAUCAAAGCUUCGGACUCCCCAUUGUAUAUGUCAGAAGAGAUUGCCGAACGCGUGCUCAAGAUUUACAAGAAUAACAAUCCGGAUUUUGAGUAUCGUACCGUUCAAGGUGGUCAUCACAUUCAUUUGAACGAACCCGAGAAGAUCGGACCCCUCAUUCGGAGGUUUUUGGAAAAAGAAUUUGUGAACAAAGAUAGCGAAGAUAAAGAGAACACGCCAUUACGAUGAGCGCGAAAAGAAUAAACCGUUUGAAUGUUCCCUCGCUGUUCAAUUGAACUGUUGUUCACAUUGCAUAUUGAUCAAUUACAGA